UUCUGCGUUUGGUCUACAUUAAUAGAAGAGGAUGAAAUUCUUUCUGUCCCUAGUUGGGACCGUCUGUUUUGCAACCAUAAUUCAAGCCCAAUCCCAAAGUACGGUAUCUAUCAAUGUGGCCGGUAAUGUUACCCUUGGUCUAGCGGGCAUCAAUACCACGAUCGCAGCGAUUAACGCCACUAUCCUCAAAGCGGAUGCUGCCACUCUGGCAGCAUGGACAAAUUUUACCAAAACAAUGAUUACUAACCUGACCAGUUUAAUGGAUCGCUUCGGGAGUUAUCCUAGUUCGAUUAGUUCCCAGCUGAGCUCGCUGAACAAUACAAUCGUCAACCUAAAAUAUCAGCUUAAUAACACUGGACCCUAUUUAUUGUCAACUGAUUACGCGUUGAACGACCUUUUCAUGAGUGUCUAUCAAGUAGCGAAUCAAACAGGCAGUUUCCUUAAUGAUGUGGCCCUCAACAUGUCCAGCCAAGCAAUAUGCACCAACGAUUAUUCAGUUUCCUGUUUACGAAAGUACGGAGCCAACUUGACGGCUACACCAAUCCUGAUGAGCCGAUUCAAUAACUGCCUCGCUGCUGAAAACACCAGAAUAGGCGCCAUCGGAACAAAUGUCACCGCUCAAAUGAACAGCAGCAUCGCUACGGCUCAAAGCUUUAUCAAUUUAAUCUCCAUUUGUAAUGUUCCUACGGCAGCUGCUUUGAACCAAAGUUGGCCUCAAUUCGUGCCAAGCGCUCAAUGCCUCAGUUCGUACCUCAAUCAAAUCGCGUCCCAAUCACAAAUAACCUCCGCGGAUUUUAUGUAUGCAAUACAAUCUGUGCAGGUUCAAAUGGUGGUUUUCAGAGCUAAUCGGUGCGCCCAGCUGGCCCAGUAUGACAUUCAGGAUGCUACGGUUCGUGUACAAGCAGCGUUUACCAAAUGCUUGACCACGGGAUCGUGAAACGAAUUUUGCUGAAGUGACAACAACAAAUUAAAUAAUCACGUAGUUUGAAAGAAGUCUAAGUUGUAUCUUAUAAACAUAGGAUAAUUCAUGAAUAAAAUAUAUGGCAGACAUUACACAGUAAUAACUAAUUUUUCAAAUCAACACGUUUAUAGAUGUUAGUGUGU